AUGCCACAGAGCCAGACCUCUCAGUUCUCUGAUCACUAUCCCCCAUCGAUUUUUGGCGAUAACCCAGUGGAUACCCUCUCCUUACUUCCAUCUGAUGGUCCAUUCAAUCUCGACGGGCGCGACACGCUAAGUUCUGCCCCUAACGUAAACUUUACCCGACCGGCGGUUCCUCCUCUGAUCCCUGAGACACUCCAACGCGUUGGCCCUACUAAACAGAAGAUCUAUAUCCUCUGGACAGAGAUGAUGAAUGAUGAUUUUAUUACAUGGUGGCUACAGACCGAGUUUGGAAGUCAAAUGAAACGGAAUAUUUUCGAUGUUAAGCACCAGUCAGGGUGUUGGGAUCACUUUGAACAGGUUGCAGCUCCUCAAGAUGGAACUCCUAAGGUUAUGUGUAAGACCUGUAACCAUAUCCUGGCUCAUCCUGCCGAUCGCCACCGGGGAACAACCCAUAUGAACAAGCACUACACACAAGGGGUUAAUUGUCGGAAGCUAGCGCCUCGGUCGCAAGAUAUUAGACAGAUGAUAUCAAACGGGGUAUAG